UUUAGGGGUUUUCUCUUCUUGGAGAGGAAAUUUCUACAUUGUAUUUCGGCCCAUUUACAGGAUGUGGGCUCUGUUCGUAGAGGGAGGUCCUGUAGCUGAUCGACUCAGUGUCGACCACGGUGUUUGGGUGUGGAGUUUCACAGAAACCCGGGCAGGAGUGGCCUGACCUUUACUCUUGAUUCCCAAGGUUCUUCACUGGAGCGACCAACAAUCUAAAAUUUGACCAAACACUUUGAGCAGAUAUUUGGAAACAGGAUGGCAGACAGUACGAGCGUUGGGGAGGAGAUGUGCAGCCUCACGGUUCUGAAGAGUGAGACCAAGCUCAUCAUGGAGGCUUUCCUGAGGAGGGUGCAGAUGGAGGGUGCCGUCGGCCAUGUUGGACGCUACUACCACGACGAAAAGAAGUAUAAAGCUCAGACUCCCGACAGCCAGGAUUCCAUCUCCGUAAAAGUCCACAAACACAGACGGUCACUCUGGAAAGGGACCUUGGAGCGAGAAGACGAGGAAAAGUGGAGAAGUCUGAAGCAUUCCCAAGGGACCGAGGAUGAUACUGGUUGGGGUACAUCUGAUGAGGAAAUCUGCCAGGCCGAGGAAAAAAAGCAUGGCUUCAAAACAGCCAUCAAGAAACUGAUUAAACGAAAGAAGAAGAGGAAGGGAAGCAGUACUUUGGAAAAGUCCAAGGAUUCUUUGGACUUCGUUGAGACCUAUGGGCCUCUAGCAGGAACCACUAAGCCCGACUCCAAGGCCAAUUCCUUAAAGGGGCAGGAAAACACUAUAACCACUACGCCUGAAAGUAAUUUUGCACAUGUGGAGGGUUUGGAGGGAUCUGUCUCCGAGGGAGUGAAUAUCAGGGAGGAGAGCAGCAAGCAUAAGAAGACUGGACAGUGGUUUUUAAAUCUUAUACGGAAAGGGCCCAAGAAAAGUGGUGAUAACCACCCAGAGAAAGACCAAGUGCCUUCACGGCCCACAACUCUGGCCCUAAACCUCUCUCCUACAGAGGAUGUAAAUUCGGAAUUCUACUCAGAAGCGGCAAAGAAGCUGGAAAAGUUGGCACAAAAGUGCUUCACCCGGACUGGGAAUGAUCAGCUUAGUCCAAGCAUCCAUUUACAGGGGCCAGUGAUAGCCAACAAUAACGUCCAUCAGAGCGCAAUCGAGAAGAUCGUGCAGGUGCUGCAGGAUCAAGGAGACAAAAUCAACGAGAAGGUGAAGGACGACCCUAUUCUGCAGCGUCCGAUGUCCUUCAGGAGUUUUAAGCAGCUGGUUGAAGCCUUUACGGCCAAUGUUGAAGGACAGAUGGAGGGUCAGGCCAGCAGCCCCGAGCUGGCAAAGAUCGCGCUGACCAUGGAGCUCACUCGGAGGGUGGCCGGGAUCAGCAGCCACCCGGUGCAGCAGCUGAUGGGAUACAGCAUGCAGUACAUGGACAUGUUCGUCCCCUGGCUGCAGGAGCAAGGCGGAUGGAAAAAGGUACUGCCUCUGGAUGACUUCUCCAAACACCCGAUAGACUGACUUGAGCCAAACCCAGGGAAUUAAGAUGAAACUCGGGACACCCCUACAAGCUUGCUCUUGGCUAUUCGAACGAAGGAAAGAAACUGUCUUUUAAAGCUGGAAAAUGCCAAAGGUAUUCAAAUGGAUUUCAGUCAUCAAACAUGCAAGUGGGGAGGUGACCUAAACCAAACGAGGGUGAAGAAACCAGCUUCGUGUGGGACUGUCACAGAGAAGUUGUGUUUAUUGGUGCUACUGAUGACAGGAAGAUUGUUAUAAGCUGUGGUAGAGUGUAUGCCAUUGAGUGUACAUGAUUUUUUUAAAUGCACUCUUUUCCAUUCGAUCCUUCUGGGAAAAUCCAGAGGAGGAAAUUUCCAUCCUGCUAAUAUAUGCAGUAAAAUUCCCGAAAAUCAUUGUGAAAUCCUGGAGAUUCGGCACCUGUUUCCCUUCAAGCUCACCGGGUUCACUGUGGGGGGGGGGGGUUUAGUCUGUGACCACUUUGUUAGGUAGGGGAGUGGACUGCAGUGUGGUCUUCUGCUGCUGUAGCCCGUCCACUUCGAGGUCCAGUGUGCUGGGCCUUUCUGCACACCCCUGUUGUAACGUGUGGUUACUGUCGCCCUCCUGUCAGCUUGAAGCAGCCUGCCCUUUCUCCUCUGACAUUUCACAUUAUCGGGGCUUUUUGGGUACAGCACUGCUCUCCCUGGAUGUUUUUAUUUUGUGUCUCGGACCAUUCUUUGUAACCUCUGGAUAUUUGUGCAUGAAAAUCUCAUGAGUUUCUGAGAUAUUUAAACCACCCCGACUGGCACCAACAAUCAUCCCACAGCCAGGGUCACUUAGAUCACAUUUCUUCCCCCAUUCUGAUGUUUGGUCUGGACAACAACUGAACCUCUUGACCAUGUCUGCAUGCUUUGAUGCAUUGAGUUGCUGCCACAUGAUUGGCUGAUCAGAUAUUUGCAUUAACGAACAAGUGUACCUCGUAGAGGGGCUACUGAGUUUAGAACAUUAUUUCUCCCUUUUAAGAUUAAAAAAAAGUUUGAGUAUUAAUUGGAAUAAUAUCUGGUGGUCCAAACAAAGUGCCAGUUUGGAAUUUCCCUGUUGUAGCAGAUUAAUGGAGUUUUCCUGUAUAUCUUGAUUUCUAAAUAUGAAACCUUAUCAAUACCAUAGAGAACAUCAUUAAUUCAAGGAAAAUGGAUGAGCAGGGAGUUAUUGGUGGGGGGGGGGGGGGGGGGAUGUACCUGACAAUCUUGCUCGGUAAUCUACCUCGUUCUCACCUACACUCUUCAUGAUGCGCACAUUAAUGUUUAAAAUGUAAAGGAUUUGCCACUUAAAGUUUUAAUCUGUUGAUUUGAUUCAGUAGCCUGUAGUAUGUAGCUGUACAUAAGGUUUGGAUCACGUUGAUGGUCCGUAACUUUAGUGGAUGUCCAUGAGAAAAUCAAACUAAGUUCAGGAAGAUGUACCUACCUACCUACUGACCAUUACGCCACUGACGUUUCGGGCAGCAAUGAAGGUCCUCCACCCCUGACAGUGCUCAGGGCUUCCUUCAUCGUGCCAGUAGCUCGGUUUUCUUGACUGUCAGUCGUGCAACUCCUGGGCGGAGACUCAGGAGUCUUUUGCACUCCGAUGUAGAAGGAAUCUUCAUUGCUAUCUCUGUAACAAUUUUGUUUUACCAGUCAAGGUUGUUGUCCCUGAGCUGACCCCACAAACCUGAAGGAUUGGUUGACCACUUAGUCUGACCUUUACCCUUUGACCUGCUUGGCAUGGGUGACCCUAACAAGAGCCAAAGCAUUAAGCCCUGACUCCAGGUCACUGAGGCAUGCAAACUCUCAAACCCUAUGACAAAGUUGUGGUCCUCCUGGAGGUUCAGGAAGAUGUAGCUGGUUUUUUAAGAAGUGCCUGAUGUUUUUCUUGUAUACUCUCCUAGGCCUGGGGUGGACUUGCGUUAAUUAUACAACCAGUCAGAACGCUUUCCACUGCACGUCUGUAGAAAUUUGCAACAGUAUUUGGUGAAAUACCAAAUCUCCUCAACUAACAAAUGUUUUGAUUAGUAUGAGUGUCAAAGUUUCCAGAGACAAUGGAGCAGACUUGAUGGGCUGAAUGGCCCCAUUUCUGUUCCUAUGUCUUAUGGUCUUAUAAUGGGCCCUCUGAUUGACAGAUGAGUAAAGUGAAACUAGCGCCAUAUCUAUAGGUAUUACCUCCUGUGGGUAUCUGUGGACAAGAGGCUCAGUGGUCCAAGAUGAUUAUAAAGCAGAAGAACAUCCAGAGGUAUCGGUGAAAACGCAUUGUAAGUGAGCAUCCUGAGGCGAGUGUGUAUCAAAUUCAGAUGAAUGUGUUCUUCCCCCCCCCCCCAUUCUUCCCCUCCUGUCCCAUGUCUAAAUGUGGAACCAUUGUUCGCCCCAUUUGUAGAAGAAAAUUAUGUUCCCAAUGGGGAAGCAUCUGUAGAAAUCAGUGCUCCCUGUCCUUUUGGACAAGCUGUAGAUCCCAUAUUGGGAAAUGGCUGCCUAAACUAGGCUGGCUUGUACAAUUGUAUCUUUGGCAUCUGACUAUUGAGGUCAACAACUAACCAUUCAGAAGAGCAGUGGACCAUUGGUGUAGGCUACCUGGCCUCAUUGUAGAUGGUUGGUUCUACAUUGUAGACAGGACCUCAGUAUGCAAGGGACUUUGUUAGUUUUCCGGGCUGUCGGACAGGUUAAUCUUUGUUUGAUUCUUAGUGUACUUGAAGCUAAGGGUUCAAACCCAUUGGCCAGAUGCAAAGAGUUACCCUACAGUGCAAUAUGUGCAGAAGAUUAGUUAAUUAAGCCCAUCACCCCCUACUGGGACAAAGGCCACUAACAGCAGGAGACCUCCACCCUGUUGCCCCCAGGUGUAGCCCAUCCUCUUGGUGCCAGCUUCAUGGUCCCAUCACCAGGAGUUCUUUGCCGGCCGCUUUUCUGCUUUCCCUGGGGAUUCUAUGUUGGCGCUCGCCUGGUGCAUUGGCAACGUGGCUCACGCAGAGUGUAUGUCCUAUCCAUCCCCAUCUUCCGUAAUUCUUCUGCUCGCUGGUGUUGCCGAUUCCUUCUGGCCAGUGGAGCCGAAGGAUUUUUCUCAGACAGCUAUUAAUAAAAGCCUGCACCUUUCCUGAAGUUAGUCUGUUCACCAAGUCUCUAGCCUGGACAGAAAAACUAGAGUUGAUAGCCUGAUCUUAUUGCACUGUAUUUAAUUUUUGGUCCCAGCUACUGCUCGGGGUUUGGAAAUGGAAAUGCAAUACAAGAUUGUGUCCAUAAAUAUAUAUCUCCUCAGAGAAUCCCUGUAAGUGCUCUAGGAAUGCUCUUCAGUCUGCUGAUACCUUGAAGCUGACAAAGUUCUCUCGCUUUGACUAGAGAUAGACUGAAAGGUAACUACGAUGGACCUCCAGGGCAAGAUUGAGUGUGGAACAGGUAGUCACUGGCCUGGGACUAGUAUAAGUGAUGUCGCUGGGGGAGGGGAGAAUUGAAACCUGCUGUGAAGCUUAUGCCAGUCGAGCAGCCUGUGGGCUCAGGAAAAGGCAGGAUGUGGAUUCCUGGUGCCAUAUUGAAUUCAUGCACUUCGGAAAGCGUACAAGAUGAGGACAAUCUUUCACCAUAAAAUUAGAUAAAUAUAUUAUUUUGUAAAUGAUAAAUAAAAUGUUUCUAGCAUGUUAACUGAAGGGCUAUGAGCUCUGCAGUGAUGUUCUGUGUACUUGUCUCUGGUAGGCAGAUCUAAGUAUCAGAAUCAAAAUCAAAAUCAGACUUUAAUCGCCAAGUACCUGUGCACAUACAAGGAAUUUACUUCUGGCAGAUGUUGUUUCUCUGCUCAUAACAAUAAUAAUGAUAAAUAUAAAUGAUGUAAAUGAUAUAAAGUAUGUGAGAUUAUUUAAAUGUCUUUUUUUGUAAAUGUGUAAAACUAAUUUAUAAUGUUAUUAAGUAUUGGACAUUAAGCUGUGAUUGCUCUGGGAUUCUCUCAGACCUGCAUGCUCAACUUUUGUGGGGAGUAUGAAUUUUAGAAUGUUUACGGGAGAGAGUUCUUUGAAAUAUCAUACUGUAUUUUGUUGUUUUCCACUGCCCCCCGCAUCUUGUGUGUGCCACAAGACAACCCUGACAAGCUGGGUGACAACUGUGUCAAUCCUGUAGUGUUUUUUUUUUUACGAGGCCGAGUUGCUAGCUCGACAAUCAACGUAGCACGGAUGGGAAGCUGGCUGGAUCUGAACCCACGAGCACUCAGCUCGAAGUCCAGUACUGAUGCCACAACACCACCAGCCAGCUGUAUCAUAUUUUACAAAGAACUUUAAUAGGCUUUGCAUCAGUAAAGUCUCUCUGGCCAUUUACUUUUUAAUUUAAGCAUUCUCGGUUGUGCGUCUGAUGGCUCAGUAGUCGAAAGCUGCAUUGUGGACCCAGAUCCUGGAGGGAUGUUGGGGUUGUGCACUCGUAUCGAUUUGUGGAUGGAUAAAGACUAAGACUAAAUCCGAUAUUAGUGCAACUGACAAGUUGGGGGGAGGGUGGGUGAACGAGGUUUUCUCGGACUAAUGUUGCUGGGCGGUGCGGCUCGAGGGGCCUUUUCCGUCCUGCGUCCUGUAUCCACGAGCCAGUAACAUGAGAGGCAAACAAGCUGUCAAUACAUCGCCCAUUUUAAUUCAAGAUUGUUUAAUGUCAUUUCCAGUACACGGUUGUAAAGGAUAAUGAAUUAAUUGUUACUCUGGAUCUGCUGUGGCACAAAAAGAAACCAGAAUAAAUAUCAAUACAUCAUGUGUCCGUAAAAUGACAGUAGGAUUCUUUUGGACAAAAUGAAAUAAAUGCCCGCACGAAAAUGAAUCUCAGGGUUGUAUAUGGUGAUAUAUAUGUUCUUUGAUAAUAAAGUUUACUUUGAACUAUGAAAACACAGAGACACAAAGAGGCAGCAGAUGAUGUGUUCUGGAGCAAAGAUAACACAGCUGGAGGAACACCUCAGGGCUCCCAGCAUCCGUGGAGGGAAAGCGACGGUUCAUGUUUUGAGUUGAGACCCUGCGUCAGGACUGAGUGUGAGAUAGCCAGUAUAAAAUGGAGCGAGGGAGGGGUAAGAUGGGUUGGUGGAACUGGAUGGGGGGGUCAUCCUGACCCUCUUUCUCUCCUCAUCCCUUCAGAUUUUUGCAGAGAGACAACUCUCUCCAUUGGUUCCUUACUGCUGUCGCAGCUGGGUGAGGUCGUGCGGAUGAAGUCCCACUACGUAUUAAAUGCUCCCAAUGGUGUGUGUCUCAGAAAGCCUCUGGCAACCAAGUCCCACUCCUGGCCUUCACGUGUGGCUUAGCUACUAACCCCGGUGGAACUGUUUCUACUGACAAGAGAAGGGACAAAGGCUGGUUACUGGCUCCUUAAAACUAGUCACUUCUGGUAGAUGGGGCUCGUCAGCAGGGGUUGGCAGCUCAUGUAGGAGAAGGAAAACUCUGAUAUAAAACCAUGCGGCCUUGGGGAAGGCCUCGGGAGUAAACCCGGGGAAAGAUGUGUGGUGAGGGGAAGGCUGCUGCAUGGACAAUGUCAUACUGCCCUGCCGAUGGAGGGCCUCAGAGGGCACCCUGGGUUACACACUCUGCUUUGCCCCCUGCCUCCUUGGGAGGUGCAACACUUCCUCACUCCUACCCUCUCACCAGCAUCCGGGGACCCAAACAGCCCCAACAGGAUUCCUGUGCACCUCCUCCCAUCUGGUCUGCAGUCUUCUGUUGCUUUUGCUGUGGGUUUCCUCCGCAUUGGCCAUCCGGAACUCCUAGAUUCAUAACCUUUCCACUCCCCUGCUCAUUCCUACACCAACAUGUCAGUCCUCGGCCGUCUGUCUGCCACGGUGAGACCAAAUACAACCUAGAUCGGGUUCCCAACCUUUUUAAAUGCCAUGGACCAAUACCACUGAGCAAGCAGUCCAUGGACCCCAGGUGGAAUCUCCUGACCUGGAUGGCCCACACCUAUUCUGCCUCGGCAGUCUACAACUCAAUGGUAUGAACACUGUAAACAUGAGGGAUUCUGCAGAUGCUGGAAAUCCAAAGCAAACACACACAAAAUGCUGGAGGAACUCAGCGGGUCAGGCAGCAUCCAUGGAAAUAAAUGAAGAGUUGACGUUUUGGGCCAAGACCUUUCAUCAGGGCUGGAAAAGAAGAGGGGUAGGUGCUAGAAUAAAAAGGUUGGGGGGGGGAAGAGGGGAAGGAGGCUAGCCGGAAGGUGAUGGGGUGGGAAAGGUCAAGGGCUGGACAAGAAGGUAUCUGAUUUGAGAGGAGAGUGGACCAUGAGAAAGAGGAGGGGCCAGAUAUGAAGAGAGAAGGGGUGGGGUGAAAAUGUCUGGAAGUUGGAGAAAUCAAUGUUCAACCGAUCAUCUCCCAGCUUCCUACUGCAUUCCCUCCCUCCCCUCAUCCGCCUGGUUUCACAUCUCAUCCUCUAGUUGUCCUGCAUCCUCUCCCUCUAUCAUCUUCUUCUGACAUCCUCCCCCUUCCUUUUUGGUUCUGAUGAAGGGUCUCAGCCCGAACUGGCAUCUGUUUACCCCUCUACAUCUGCUUAACUCCUCUGGCAUUUCGUGUGUGCGCUCUGGUAUGAGUACUGAUUUUAUUUUUUCCCAAUUUAAGAUAUUUUUUCUCUCCUUAUCCAGAUUCUGUCACUUCCUUCCCUUCUCUCUUUUUACAAUGCUGAACCGUUUUGAAUCGAUUGGAAGAAGGAGGCGUGUACUUGGGGCUAAUUGAUCACCCAGAUGACUCUCUUUAUCCCGCGGGCUUUCAGGUGCGCACGUUUUUACCUCAGUGAGCUGGGUUUGUUGGUCUCGCACUAAGCUGCCCAGCGUGCACCAUCAGUGACAUGACUCCGGAAGAAAUGUCUAAUCGUACACUAAUCCUGAGUCAUUGUUGCUCUGUGUGCAUACGUAACACACCCCUCUCUCUCUGUCCUUUUUUUAACCCAAUUUCAUUCUUCCUUCCCACCUGUCUCUGUCUGCCCGUCAUUGCGUCACGAUGGCGCAGCAGUUAGCGCGACGCUAUUACAGUUGGAGUUCAGAGAUCAAUUCCGGCAUCAUUGUAAGGAGUCUCUGCAUGUCCUCCCUGUGAUCGUGUGAGCUUCCUCCAGGUGCUCCAGUUUCCUUCCACAGUCUAAAGACAUACCAGAUGGGUUAACUGGUCAUUGUAGAUUGUCCUGUGAUCAGGUUAUGGUUAAAAUCUAGGUUGCUGCGGCAACGUGGCUGGAUAUCACUUAACUGAUUCCACCAAUCACCUGCCAGCUUCUGUCUUAACCCUCCCCCUCACCUCUACACCAGCCAUCUUCCCUCAAAAACCUGGGGUCCACAGACCCCUCAGUUAAUGGUAAGGCUCCAUGGCAUUUUUUUUUUAAAAAAAAAGGUUGGGAACCCUCAAUCCUAAUUCAGGGUCAACCAACAAAACAUCAUCCAUCUCCUACCUCCAGGGAUGCUGCCUGACCUGCUGUUCCUCCAGCAGUUUUUUUUUCUCCUUCAAACGGCAAUGAAAAUCUGGGCAAGGUCUGAUGCAAAGUUUUAUACUGUGAGCUUUUAUAACCACGUCUGUCUAUGCAACCCAGGAAGCAAACAGUAUUGAAACAUUUUUCUAAAAAGAUUUUGCUGGGGGAAGGGGGUCUUGUAUUUAUUGUUUGAAGCUUUAAUAAUGUUUGUAUAAAUUUUCCAUAAUUAAAUUUGUCUUAAUAUAAAUGAGUGGUUUUGUUUUAACUGGAGAAAACAUUAACUUUGCGGUUAGUGUAACACUGU